AAAAAUAAUUCUGUCUUUAGUUAAAAUGAGAACAUUUUAGAAAGUAGAUCAAUUAAGAAUAAUUGAACUAAAUAUUUUAGUAAAAAAGAGUUAAUCUAAAUCACCUUCAAAUGAAUAAACUGAAGCUAUGAAUGAAUUUAUAGUAACACAGGAGAUUAAAAAUAACCCUAAAAGAGGAAAGAAUUAACCAUUAUUAGCUCACUCAACGGGUUUUCACAGAGCACCCUACUAAACAGAAAUAAAUGCAUUGAAGAGAAGGUAAGCAAAGAUGAUAGAGAAACUGGAUAAAAAAAUGGAGGUAUAUGAAAGCAAAAAUAAGAAAACGUGGAAUAACAAGGGAAAUAAGAACAUCAAAGAAUAAAUACGAAUAAAAUAAGAGAAAAAACCAAAUUAUGGAUACUUUGAUAAUGAUCAGUGGAGAUACUCAAACGUAAAAUGCAAAGAACACGAAUGGAAGAUUGUUAGAUAGAGGGAUAAAAUAACUAGAUAAAAUAAUUGCCUAUACUAUUUCCCUUCAAGAUUUGGAAGAAACAUUAUGAACAAUGAUAUGAGAUAUAUUUCAAAUAAAAUCAGGAAAUUAAUUGUGAGGUUUUGAGAAUUCCUUUAAAAGAAGAGAGAAAGAUAAAAAGUGG